CAGAAAACUUUGCCCUAGAAUGUAUCUGCCACAGGUAGGUCACAUGAGUACAUGCGCAAGACCGAUAAUAAUUUAUUAAGCUAAAGCUCCUCGGCAAGAGCACCUUCAGGAACUCAGCUUCCUUUCAAAGUAGCAAUUGAUAUUGCUUGCAAAAGACAAUGCCUCAUUACAAGAUAGUCGAUUAUAGUUAUCCUACAGCUGGUGAAUUAGCCAGGCUCAUCCUUCAGUACAGAGAAAUCGAGUACGAAGAUGAAAAAGUAGAUUCCCCAGACAGGAUUUACGAAGCAGAAGAAGAGUCUCCAUUUGGAGUUUUACCUGUUCUAUACGUCGAUGGGAAAAUUGUGAGUCAACAGCAAGGUAUUUCAAGGUACCUUGCAAGGGAAUUAGAUCUGGUAGGUGAAACCAAUGAAGAAGCUGCCAUAUGUGACAUGAUCAUGGACGGAUUAGGUGUCAUGUUCUCAAAAAUGAGAGGAACCCAUAUCUCAAAGUUGGACGUUUCACAGCAGGUCACACUUUUGAAACAAAUGAUGCAAGAAGAUGUUCCCCGAUACUUAGAAAAGUAUGAAAAGUUUCUUGAAAAUUCGAACCUCUCCAGUGGUUAUUUUGCCAGCGAGAAGCUUACCUGGUGUGAUUUAGGUGUGGCUUUAAUGCUCGCAGGUUUACAAAUUCGCCAGCCAAAGCUGCUUGAAAGUCAUUCCAAAUUAAGAGCUUUUGUGGAAAAAGUGACCUCAAACCCAAUUGUCUCACAUUUCAUUGAAACGGAACUUGCUCAAUCAGCAGUAAUUAGAAAAAAUAGCAUGUAAUUGCUUCAUGUCAAAUAAUUUUAAUGUGAAUGAAUGUUUGUUGGAGCUACUAAAAUCUAAUUCUUGUAAAAUGAUGUGGAAAUAUUUUUAAUAAAACUUGUAUUACUGUGA